AUGGAGACGAAGCCAAGUGAGAUCAGCAGCUCAAAGAUGUUUGGAGGGUACAACAAGAGGUACAAGCAUUUCAGUCCUACUCUGGGCUGCUCCAUGACCUUCCACAUCUAUUUCCCUCCUUCUACUUCUACUUCUCCUUCCCACCGAUUCCCUGUACUUUACUGGCUCUCUGGCCUUGCCUGCACAGAUGAGAAUUUUAUAAUUAAGUCAGGAGCUCAACGUGUUGCCUCAAGUGAGGGUGUUGCUUUGAUUGCACCUGAUACAUCUCCAAGAGGCUUAUCUAUAGAAGGAGAGGCGGAGAGCUGGGAUUUUGGUGUAGGUGCUGGUUUUUAUCUCAAUGCUACUCAAGAGAAAUGGAAGAACUGGCGUAUGUAUGAUUAUGUUGUCAAGGAGUUGCCGAAAAUUCUGAAUGAAAAUUUUCCACAGCUUGAUACAUCGCGAGCUUCUAUAUCUGGUCAUUCUAUGGGUGGGCACGGUGCUUUGACAAUCUACCUGAAAAACCUGGACAAGUAUAAGUCAGUAUCUGCGUUUGCACCCAUUGUGAAUCCAACAAACUGUCCCUGGGGCCAGAAAGCUUUCUCAAAUUAUCUAGGAGGCAAUAAAACUGAUUGGGAGGAAUAUGAUGCCACUUGCCUGAUUAAGAAAUUUACUGAUGUUUCAGCAACCAUUUUGAUUGAUCAGGGGGGAGAUGAUAAAUUCUUGCAUGAUCAGUUGUUGCCACACAAGUUUGAAGAGGCAUGCAGGAGUGCUAAAGUUCCACUCCUUUUGCGGUUGCAGCCCGGUUAUGAUCAUUCGUACUUUUUCAUUUCCACCUUCAUAGAUGAUCACAUCCGUCACCAUGCUCAAGCUCUUAAUCUACCAUGA